CCGGCCUGGCCUAAACAUCUAUCCGCAAGUCCAUUGGCGGCUGGGUAGCAACUUGGCCCCGGGCAGGCAGGGGAGGAGUGAGAGGGAAGCCAUUGCCCCUAUAGAUGGAGAUCUGCUAUGUACAGGAGGUUGCCUCUUCUCUGGUCAGGGAGUUCCUCAGUAGGAAGGGUCUAAAAAAGACCAGCUUGACACUAGAGGAGGAGCUUCCUCGCGCUCCCCGGAGCAUCAGUACCAGAAACGAACUGCGGGCGGCGCUACAUUUGGACCGUCUGUAUAAAGAGAACAAGUUGACCGAGAAACCAUUGAAAACCCUUCUGGAAAUUAUGACAAAGUACUUUUUAGAACACUCGGGAAAAACAAAAGCCUUAAACAUGAGAGGCGAGCAGAACCCCGCACCCCCAAAGGGUCUCGCUACUAAUCUACAGCAGAGACACGCCGGGGAUUUGAUGAUGGCGGUGUGUGAUGUAUCUGAUGAUGAAACUGGAGAGAGCAGCGCCGUGUCGGAUACGAGUAAAACAGAGAUUUACAGAAGCCAAAAUGACCUGCAGUUUAAUAAGUCAAAUCAUUUGAAAGGCCCAGAUCGCAAACAGAAGCAAACAGAGGCCGGUGUGACUAGCACGGGGGUGUGCAGCGAAGGAGAAUUAAUGCCCCCGAGAGUGAACAUUCGGGAACACCAGGAAAGGGAGAGCUGGGAAAUGGCUUUGGGAGCAAAAAGCUCUAGAAGUGAAACACAAAGGCCCAGAUCAAGCCGGAUGGUGAGGGGAAUGAUGUCUGGCCCGACUGCCAGCUCCCAAGAGGAUUCCUUGAAAAAGCGAGGACCAAGGCGAUCUGCUGCGGCAAACACCCCAAAUCCCAUCAAAGGGGAAGUUCUUAGUGAGAUUACGGGGGGUAUGGGGGAGCCGAGUACCAUUGCUCCUGCCAAUACAGCCCUAAAACUUGGCAAGGAAUUUGCUGCGAAGCUUUUAUCCACUUCUGAGAACCUAAGAAAUGUCUCUCUCUGUUCUACGAACGCCGUUCCCAAGCCAAACGCCUUCGCUGCCGCCGAAACUGCCGCAGAUGGAAAAGGCGCAACAGAAGCCUCCCCGUAUGCCUCAAACGAACACCGAAGACGCUCAGGAUUUUCCAAUAUGGAUUUGAACUCCGCGUCCUUAGCCAAGAAAACGUUGCCGUUUCAUCGAGAGAGAAAUGAUAAGGAAGAUCUAAAAUUAGAUGAUGUUGAGGACUGUUUAGUAACUGAGGAAAUCCGUAAUAUUCCAACUGCUCUUCCCGGGAAUCUUAAGCAGAUUGAAGGGAAACCUAUUGAUUUAGCCCAGGCAGUGGAAAUAAAAAAAAUCCUGUUUGGUUCGAGCUUCUGUUGCUUCAGCGACGAAUGGAAAAUUCAGAGCUUUACGUUUAACAAUAACCAGCCACUUAGAUACGGCUUUAUCCAAAAAAAGGGAGGCCCGUGUGGAGUUCUGGCCGCAGUCCAAGGCUGUGUUCUGAAGAACCUCCUCUUUGGGAAAGAUGCUGAUUUGAGAGUGCUGCAGCCUUCGGAUUCCCAGAGGACAAGCUGUUUGUGUAAAGCCAUCGCUGAUAUUUUAUGGCGUGCCGGAGAUAAUAAAGAAGCAGUUGUUGCAUUAUCAUGUGGAAGGCCGCAGUUUAGUCCAGCCGGGAGAUAUAAAGCGGAUGGGAUAUUGGAGAGCUUAAUCUUGUACAAGAUAAGAAAAUACGAAGACCUCAUGGGAUUUGUACAACAGCACAUCAGCCAGUUUGAAUUGGGCCCAUUUGGCUGCACCCUGCUCACGCUGUCGGUUGUUCUCUCAAGAUCUGUUGAACUAGUGCAGAAGGAUUUUGACGUUUCCACAAACUGCUUAAUUGGCGCCCACUCCUACUGCACACAAGAGCUUGUGAACCUCAUCCUCAGCGGCAGAGCCGUGUCCAACGUGUUCAAUGAUGUCGUGGAGCUCGAUUCUGGUAACGGGAACAUCACCCUUCUCAGAGGAGUCGCUCACCGCACCGACAUCGGAUUCCUUUCUCUGUUUGAGCACUACAAUGUGUGCCAGGUCGGCUCCUAUUUGAAAACACCAAGGUUCCCGAUCUGGGUGAUAUGCAGUGAGAGCCACUUCAGUGUCCUGUUCUGUGUGCGCCGUGAGCUAAUGAGCGACUGGAAAAUGGAGCGACGGUUUGAUCUGUAUUACUAUGACGGGCUGGCCAACCAGCAGGACGAGAUACGCCUGACCGUCGACACGGCCGCAACGUAUAUAGAAGAGCAAGAGAAUGAUCUGACACCGCCUCUGGAGCACUGUAUAAGAACCAAAUGGAAAGGAGCAGUGAUAGACUGGAACGGCACAGAACCCAUCCUGUAGGCGCCCUGAUGAGCAGCGAUAAAGGGAAACCUCUGGCUGGAGCAGUCGUGGUGCCAGGAAUCAUGUGAGGGCAUUCAGUGAUUUCAUUGGGCAGAACGGAGACCUCUGUCCCUCACAUGACGUCACCGUGGGGCCUUUAUUAUUUUCUUCCGCAGAACUCAUGUUUCCUAAUUCCCCUCAUUCUCCCAUAUGUUAUUAAAUUGCCUUUUUUCAUCUUUUUA